GCUGAACUUCCUCAGUGUGCAGAGCAGAGGGUUGACUGCUCUGAGUUACCAUGCUGCACUGCUGCUCUGCUACCAGCUGGACCUGAAGACACAUACAGAGGGGGAUUCUCAGAGCAGAAGAGACCCUCCAUCUGGUUCCUGAACUCACCAGAACACACAGUGAGCGAUAUUGGUCACCAUGGCAAACGAGCAGCAGGGUAACCUGGGAAGGCCGGGCUUUGGCCCCAGCGACCUGCUGAUCUCUAUCUUCAGAGACUGCUCCAGAGACCCGUCCGAGGCGAUUGAAGCCAGGCUGAGACGUAUGCUGCACACAUUUCUACAACGCAACAGGGAGACCGCGGCAAGCGAGACCCAAGAAUUGGCAGCAAAGUGCUGCUGUGAGGCUAAGAUCUGGUAUUACAAGAUCCUGGAGAAGGAUGCCAGUGAGGAGAGGAAGAGGCUGGGCGUCAGCGACAUCUCAGUCCUCUUUGAGAAUGAUCUCAUCCAGUCCUGUCUGGUGGCCUGCUGCCUGGAGAUUACCAUAUCCUUGAACCGCCUGCCGUGUGACUUCCCUCUGCUCCUUCAGAUCCUCAAACUGGCACCGUACCACUUCUGGCGGGUGUGCUUUUCUUCUAAGCUUGUUAGCAAUCAAGUCUGUGUCAACUGUUUACAAGUUCCACAGGUGAUUGAGCUGGUGUUGCGGGCUGAAGAGGGCCUGCAUCGCCACGUGUUCAGACACCUCGCCCAGGUGGAGGAGAAGGUCCUGGAGAGCUUGGCCUGGACAGGAGACUCACCGCUGUGGGAAGAACUCCGAGCCAACGAGGGCCCUCUGCCCACCUGCCAACAGGUUGGCAAUAAAACACACAAACUCACCUCGGUCACGUGCUCAGGUUUCCUUCAAGGUGACCAGUGGUGGCGGUUUCUGAGUGAGGUGAUCCCUUCUGCACAACUUGAAGAUCAGAUGAGGACGGAUGUGCAACCUGAUGCAAACCUACCAGGAGCGGGUCUCAGCACCGACCAGCAGCGCCCCCCCUCAGCUGACGCCAGGCCUCGGAUUAGCAGCCCCCUUCAUCUGUUCGCUCGCAAGGUGUACAGCUUGAUGGCCAGGCGUCUGAGGGAGCUGUGUUCCACGCUGCGCAUUUCUGAUGAGCUGAGGCUAAAGAUCUGGACCUGCUUUGAGUACUCUCUGGUCCACUGCACUGACCUCAUGGUGGACCGUCACCUGGACCAGCUGCUCAUGUGUGCCAUCUACAUCAUAGCCAAGAUUACCAAUGAGGAGAUACUCUUCAAACACAUAAUGGAGUGCUACAACUCGCAGCCACUUGCCAACAGAAGCGUCUGUAAAAAUGUGCUGAUUUCCAACAGAAGAGAUGCAGAAAGUCUUCCGCCUGGAAACGAAAACAAUGGAGAGGACAUCAACGGUAUCCCGACCCCCAACACACCCUCAUCACAUUACUCCAGGCCUUGUCAGGAGGAGAGGGGCAAUCUGAUUUACUUCUACAACCAGAUCUACACCACAAAGAUGGAGUCCUUCGCCAAACAGUUUGCCCCAAGCUCUGGAGCAGACACUCCUCCUCUGUCUCCAUACCCCCGUCAGGGGAACGCCUCUCCUCGCAGAUGGAGGCUGUCCGGCAGCCGCUCCUUCUUCAUUUCCCCGUACAACACAGAAACCGCUCCACCCAGUACAUCCGGACUCUCCUACUAUUUCAACUCAAGCCCCCCAGAGCGUCUGCGUGAGAUCAAUAACAUGAUCAGGACGGGCAGGCCGGCCAGCAGGGGGCGCUAUGUGUUACCACUGGACAGAGGGGAAGAAGAGGAGGAGGGAGAAGGUGGUCCUCCAGUCAAGAGGCUUCGUUCUGGUGAUCACUGAGUCGCUCAGAGGCGACUGAGUAUCGUGGUGAAUGAUGGCAUGACGGGAGGUGACCAGGACCGGGACCAGGACCGACCGUGUCCAGUUACAAAGCUGAACCUGCACUGGAGCGUAGAGGAGCAUGAAGUCUCUCUCUGAGACGAUUGUCCAGCUCUUUAACCUUUAUUUAUAUUUUUUUGCACUAUGAUUACUGAUGUACACCAGUGUACCGUGGCACAUUUCAGCUGGUUUUAUUCCUUUUUAAAAAAAGUAUCUUAUCAGAAUUCCUCUGUCAGAUCAAAGUCUGCCCUGCAGUCUAAGCUUAACUUGUGUCUUUUUGCUCUUUUGUUCUGACACCUAAUGUCCUUGAAUGAAGCACUCGGCCCCUCGGCUCGGCGAUAAGAGACUGUCGUUGUUCCGGGUGGCUCCCUGGUGGAAGAGUGUGAUGUAUAAAUUUGAAGUAGGGCAUGUCUGGAAAAGUGCUCACUUGACUUUCCUUGGAUAAAUAAAGGUUAGACUGAGAAAGGAUCGCACUGUACAGACUGAUCCGCAGUAGGACAAACUCGUCUGGGCUCAUGGAGAUGAGCAUAAGUCAAACCUCAGCAGGGUCCACAGCCAUCAUGAUUGUAAUUGACUAGAUUCCGAUUAAGUCAGGAAUGGUACUGAAUGGUCCAGUACAAACCACUGUUGUGUAAUUUUUGAUGCAUUUUUAAUUUGUAUUUAUUCUGUAAUGAUGCUUUCUUGACGUAAUGCUCCAUUUUUUAAAAUAUGUCCACGUUGAAACUGAAAACAUGACACACGUACUUCUUCUCAUAAAUGAAGGAAAGUGCAGGAGUUACAGCAGCAUUAAAACUUUAUUCAGUGAUACUUGAAGCAUGUGGACAGAUUUUGAAAAAAAAAAAAAUGAAAGAAUCUGUUUGAAUAGAAUCAUUUUUAAAUCCCAUCACCAGCUCCAGCCGUUUCUGACCGCAACCUUUAAUAUCACGGCUGAGGAAUUGUAAUAAAACCACUCAGAAAAGUGUUUCUCUA